AUGGCACCGGUUGGACUAAUGGCGCGUCUCAAGAGUUUAUACUCUAAGCAACAGGAUGAGCCCGCGCUGUCAGUCCGAACGGUCGCUUUUCUAUCCGUCCUUCUCACGCUCCUUUAUGUGGUCCCGUUCUAUGUCUCCCCAACAACUCGCCCAUCGCCAAGCCUCAGCCGCGAUGCCCCAUCUGUAAUCAGAGCGCGCAUCCGCGCAGUGACAAGUUCCUGCAUCAUCAGUUCUCUCGUCGUCCUUUGGCUCGUCGUCGAAGAGGGUGGGUCCUCACUUGACGCGGGGGUGCGACUUCUCGGCUGGUGGCCCGUCGGCGUAUUGGAGACUUUGAGAUCUCUCCUACUAACAGCUAUCCUAUUCACGGGUCCGCUGUUCGAGCGCGGCAUUGUCGAGGGUGAAUGGCGAUUCUGGUUCUGUCGCUCGAAACUAUCUGAAAGUUUGGGUGGCUGGAUCGGAUGGAGGAAUUAUGUCGCGGGACCCUUCACAGAAGAAGUCAUGUUCCGGUCUGCCAUCGUGCCGCUGCAUCUCCUGGCUCAUGUAUCACCCGGUCGGAUUGUGUUUCUCGCGCCGCUGUACUUUGGUAUUGCGCAUGUGCAUCACUUCUACGAAUUUAGACUCACGCACCCGGACACGCCCGUUCUGGCUGCGCUUCUGCGCUCCCUGUUCCAGUUCGGGUAUACUACUGUUUUCGGGUGGUAUGCGACAUUUUUGUAUCUACGCACAGGCUCGCUGGCUGCCGUGAUUGUUGUGCAUAGUUUCUGCAACUGGUGUGGACUUCCUAGGCUUUGGGGCCGUGUGGAGUCUGGUGACUCCGUGGGUCCUUCUUUCACGCGUGGCAAAGAGGACGUGGAUGCAGUGGCGGCCGAUGAUAGUCUUCAUGUGGGGUGGACGGUUGCUUAUUAUGUGCUCCUUGUUGUUGGCGCUGUUGGGUUCUGUCAAGGGUUGUGGCCUUUGACCAAGUCUUAUCAUGCUCUCGUUUCUUUUACGGGGAAGACCGUAUAG